GCAGUUGCCCACUACCAACGAGCUAAUAAGCAAUAACCUCGAGAUUGAUUAGUUAUCUUAUUGUUACAUUAAAAUAUCAAAUAUAGAGAUCUACAAUCUUCCCAAUGACACCUCCUGGAUCAAUUAUAAACAAUAACUUUCAUGUGGAUGUGGAUUAAAGAGACCAAAUUGAUUUGUUUGCGCUAACUGCAAUUAAUUGUUACGAGCAUGUAUCAAUGAUUGUUGCUGUUGAUAGUUAGAUAAUAAACUUGCCUCAUAAUUAAAUUGUGACACAAGAAAAUGCUCAUCAAGUAUAAAAACAGAUCAAACUGUUCAGAUCAAUUCACCAUCUCUAUUGAAAUACAAUUAUUUACUUUCUAAAACCUUAAAUCUAAACCAGAAUCAAAAUGAAAUUGUCAAUUGUUUUAAUUGCCAUCUUCUUUGUCUCAACAAUCAGUGCUGCUCCAGUUGAAGAACCAAGCGUAUUUCGUGAAGGUAUUAACAACUAUAUUUUGAACGCUGUCAAGUUUUGGGAAAGUAUUAUUCCUGCAUGGGAUCCAGAAGCUUCACUCGAAUCAAAUGUGUUGGCAUUUGUCUUUGGUCCUACAGGUCCUGGAUGGGAUUCUGAUCUUAGCACUGAAAAAAAUGUUGAUAAUAUCAUUAAUACGAUAGGAAUUGCAGAUACAAACCAAACUACCGGUGAAGUCGUUGCAAAUGUGGUGAAUGCUUUCAUGUUGCCACUGCCACUUUCAUCUUUUUUCCCAAAAGAGGAAAUAGGACAGCAAAUUAUCGACGAUAUUUUUGAAAAGUUUUUUCCAGAUGUGAGCCAACGCCAAACAAUUGGUGAUGAUGUCAAAGAAUGGAUCGAUAGCCAUGAUGAUCUUAAAGGUUUGGAUGGAGAAGAUUUUAUUGUAAACUUUUUAUUCAAAAUUUUCAGCCAUUUGAAUGUAUCUGAUGUCGGCCCUAGCAAUACUUUGGAGGAAAUUGCUGUUAGAUUGGCUGAUCAACUAUUUGAUACUGUAUAUCCUAACAAUUGAUGAAUAUUUUAAACUGAAUUUAUACUUAAAUUGAAUCCCAAUAAAUAUACUCGAGCAU